UUUGCUCUCCCAACUCUGCCUCCCCGAGCUCUGAAAAAAUGCCUGCCCGUGAAGCGAGGAGAGGGCACCGGGUCUGUAAAUGAGAAUGGCGGCACCUGACUUACUGGAUCCCAAAUCUGCCACUCAGAACUCCAAGCCCAGGCUGUCUUUUUCUACCAAACCCACUGUGCUUGCUUCACGGGAGGAGAGCGAUACAACCAUUAAUGUUAUGAAAUGGAAGACGGUCUCAACCAUUUUUCUGGUGGUGGUUUUGUAUUUAAUUAUUGGAGCUACUGUAUUCAAAGCCCUGGAGCAGCCACAUGAAACUAGCCAGAGAACCACUAUUGUGAUCCAGAAGCAGACGUUUGUAUCUCAGCAUUCCUGUGUGAAUACAACAGAACUUGAUGAACUAAUUGAGCAGGUAGUGGCAGCAAUAAAUGCAGGAGUCAUACCUAUAGGAAACACGACUAAUCAUGCCAGUCAUUGGGAUUUGGGAAGUUCCUUCUUCUUUGCUGGCACUGUAAUAACCACCAUAGCUCAAGUUGUUUGUAAUUUAGGAUUUGGGAACAUCUCGCCACGUACAGAAGGUGGAAAGAUAUUCUGCAUCAUCUAUGCCUUACUAGGAAUUCCUCUCUUUGGUUUUCUGCUGGCUGGAGUUGGAGAUCAGCUAGGGACCAUAUUUGGGAAGGGAAUUGCCAAAGUAGAAGACACAUUUGUUAAAUGGAAUGUGAGUCAGACAAAGAUUCGCAUCAUAUCAACAAUAAUAUUCAUACUGUUUGGUUGUGUGCUGUUUGUUGCUCUCCCUGCAGUCACAUUCAAGCGGAUAGAAGGCUGGAAUACACUAGAUGCAAUUUAUUUUGUAGUUAUUACUUUAACAACCAUUGGAUUUGGUGACUAUGUAGCAGGGGGAGGUGAUAUUGAAUAUUUAGAUUUCUACAAACCAGUAGUGUGGUUCUGGAUCCUUGUGGGCCUUGCUUAUUUUGCUGCUGUCCUGAGCAUGAUUGGUGAUUGGCUAAGAGUUCUAUCCAAAAAGACCAAGGAAGAGGUGGGAGAGUUCAGAGCUCAUGCAGCUGAAUGGACGGCCAAUGUCACUGCAGAGUUCAAAGAAACGCGCAGGCGCCUGAGUGUGGAGAUUUACGACAAGUUCCAACGGGCUACCUCCAUCAAAAGGAAGCUCUCUGCAGAAAUGGCAGUGAACCACAGCCAGGACCUGACACCUUGCAAGAGAACCUUGUCUGUCAACCACCUCACCAGCGAGAAAGAUCUCUUGCCCGCCAUCACAAAGACAGACAGCAUUUAUAUGAAUGGCUUGACUCCUCACUGUGCAGCUGAAGAAAUUGCUGUUAUUGAAAACAUUAAGUAGCACUGACUUUGAAUCCUGAUCUUUUAAUAAGAAGAAGCCUAUGAUUUAGACUUACCUUGUAGUUCCUGAUAUUUUUUUCCUGUUCAUAACUGAUGCUAAUAGCAUUUUUUUAAUCACAUGCAUGAGUUCCAACAGAAACCCACCACAAUAAGGAUUCAGAGUCACCAUCAUAUUUCUUGAAAGACACAAAAUGAAUGGCACUUCUAUAAUUGACAAAUGCUGGAACGAGCAAUGUCUGAUGCCUUUUUUGUGCCCAGACUGUUUUUUCAUCUCUCCUAAUGUGCCAUAAGGCGUAACGAAUGAAUAAUACUGGUUUAGGUCAACAAUGUAGCUUUGAGGGAUCAGUCCUUAAACUUUUCAGGGUCUAUCUUACCACGCCUAGGAAUGGACCAUGUAUGGACUACAAACUAAAUGUAAAUGGCAAGAAAAUCUUAUGCAGCCUUUUACCUAAGAAAUUUUUGUCAGUGCCUUAUCUUUUAAAGAAACAGAACCUCUAUAACUCUCAUAUGGGUUUUUGUCUGUUGAUUGGUUGGUUCCUGCAUGAGUAACAUAUCUCAUUUGAGCUUUCAUCAUGCCCAAAACGAUGAUGUUUUAAGGGUGUAUAAAGCUGAGGAUACAAGCGUUGAAAGAGAUGCCAAAUCAAAGGACAUCAAAGCAACACUCCUAAGUCUAGCUUUAAAGGCACUGCAAUUACGAGAGUGCAAAAGGUGUCCCCCAGCAAGCAUUUCUUUUACUCAGGUGCAUAUGAUAUAUGUACACUCUGUAGGCCUGUAGAAUUUAUGGAUCCAUGUCAGGUAUCAUUUAAGCUAUGGUCCGCAGUUCAGCCCCGCACAUCACAUACCAAAAAAUCUUCAGUAUUGUCUUGCUAAAUUAUACGAUAGGCGAUAACAAAUACUGAUAGUAACUUGGUGCAUUCAAAAGAUUCAUUUACAUACCAACAAUCCAGAACAAUUCUGAAUCAGCAGCAGCAGAAUGGUUUCUAGUCAAUACAAAGCUGCUGGCGG